AACCACUUAGAACAUCUUAGCAACUGCCUAGUGACCACUCAAAAUGCCCUAGCAACCGGCUAGCAACACCUAAGCAACCACUCAGACCACCCUAGAAACCAUUGACAACACCCUAUUACUUAGCAACCACUCAGAACCCCCUAUCAACAGCCUAGCAAGAGACAUGCUAAUCUAUAUGUAGUCAUCACUGUAUAAACUGAAUGAAGCUCUUUGAGUGACCUAACCCUUUCAGUGUUCACCGAUGUCUGCGCAGGACUCUCUGGAGGUGAUGGAGCGGAGCCGCGAGUCCGUCUGUUCUCAGGUCAGACUGAGGCAGAAGAUGCUGACGGCGCUGCACUGCGAUGCGGAGACGCUUCAGUGCAGCAUCAUGCAGCUGCAGGUGCAGACUCAGAGCGCAGCCAUGCAGAACCUGCAGCUCAGAGCCCAAAUGCAGGAUCAGCAGGAGCAGCGGCGCUCACAGCUGCAGGUGUUCAGCUCGUACCGCAGCCGCCUGCAGGCCUUCAGGUGCGCCGUGAGCCCGCAGCAGAGCCCUGCACACGUCUGCGAGGAGCUGCAAAUGAAAAUGCAGGAGAUCCGCAGACUCACACACACUCUGGAGGAGAUGAAGAGGCAGCAUGCAGACAGCAGAUCCGGCCUGCACACACAGGAGGACAUCGAGUUUCUGAAGACGAGGAUUAAUGAAGCCAGACAGACCAUGAAGGACAGCAGAGCUCAUCUGGAGAACGAGAAACACACACACACACAGCUGAGGAGAGAGAUCGAGGUACACACACACACACACACACACACACACAGCUGAGGAGAGAGA